AUGACUGGCCGUCAUGGAGCCCCUUUUGAACGGCAAAACGAAUACUUUAUCGCUGGUGAUGGUAUUAGCCGCGAGGUAAUCCAGGCCGAUAUUUGCCGUUACCUCGGAAAUGAUGCGCUUGUAAGACCUGGAAACCAUAAUGGUCGUCAAGGUUAUUUCAUUCGGGCUUACCGAAACCUCACAUCGGAAAUGAUUGCUGAUCUGAAAGCCGAUUCGGCUCGCUGGGAGGCAGAUGUGAGGAGUCGGGCUGACCAAGGUUAUCCACGAGGUAGUUACAUUCAGGAUUAUAGUUACUCGCAACCUAACCGGGUUCCAGCAAACUAUUCUUCUGCUCAUCCGGAGAUGCCCCAAGGACAAGGCCCUUCUCCUCCAACAACCUACGCUGCGCCACCGCAGCAAUAUGCGGAACAGUAUCCUCCAUCUGGAUACCCUGCAACGUCAACCCCCCCGUACACAAACGCUCCCUCAUAUCCUCCAAACCACUCGGGAGCAUUUGGAGCUGGCCAAAACCCAUACCCUCCCCCGCAUGUUCCCUACUCUGCUCCAGGCCAACCGGCCGUGACGGCGGAUAUGCACCCCUCGUAUACUUAUGCCAGCUCUGGCUAUGGCUACGAGAACGGGAGAAAUAAUGCCCCUAGAUAUCCUGGCCCGGGUUAUGAAGCCGAGUCUGACUACUCUCCCGUUACCACUGGAAUGGCCUAUCCUACUACCACUGCCCCGGACCCUCGGAUAGCAAUGGAACCCAGAUAUACCCCGGAGUCAACAUACCCCGACCGCAAUAGGCCACAGCCAGCAAGAGAAAGAGAGGCUCAGCGCCGAACUCGGUAA